AUGGGAGAAACUACUGAGUGGUCAAGUUUGCGAGAAGAGCAGAGACCCAAGUUCUCCAUCAUUAUUCAUAACGCCAUCAUUCAAAAUGGAUCUUUUGAGUUACCGACACAAUUUGUCAAAAGAAUCGAAAAGGAUCUCGUAGAUGAUAGUAUUGCAAUUCUCAGAGUUUCUAAUGGUGGUGAAUGGAGAAUUAAAAUGACAAGGGUAUCGGAUGUGAAUAAUGGUGGUGGUGGUGUUUGGUUUAGAACGGGAAUUGUGAAGUUUAUUGAUUACUACUCCAUGUCUCCUGGCCACUUUUUAGUUUUUAGAUAUGAUGGGAAUUUACAAUUUCAUGUCCUUAUUUUCGAUAUGACGGGUAAUGAAAUCGAUUACCAUCUAUAUGCGGGUAAUGAUCCCUCUGAGCACUUCAAUGACAUAGAUAAUUCCUACAACAUUGAGAGUUUCAAGACCAAAGAAGAUGUACAUUACGUGGAGAUUUCGAGUGGCUCUCCUACAGAUACAGAUGAAUCAGCAAAAGAUGAUGUUGCUAAGAAGCCAUCAUGUUCAUCAAAAAAUAAUAGAAGUAAAUCACCAAACACCAAGGAUUAUGUUGUUCGUGCAGAUGCAAUAGUGGGCGGAUUCACUUCAAGAUACCCUUUUUUCAGAGUUAUAAUGCAGAUAUCUUAUUUGAAGCAUUGUUAUAUGCCAAUACCAUUUGGAAUUGGAAGAAUGUACUUUUCCGAUGACGUGACAGAAUUUAAAGUUGAAGCUUCUGAUGGGCGAUUAUGGAAAAUUGGAGUUGUUCGUUCAAAGACAGGUGACAUGAGGUUCUGCAAAGGUGUUAGUACCUUGGUGAAGAAAAAUGGUUUGAACUUGAAGUUAGGAGACGUAUUGAUUUUUGAAAUCGUUGAAAAGAGAUGCUUAAAGGUUAAUGUUUUCAGCUACUGA